AUGGUGACCUUGGUUCAUUAUAAACUCAAGGUUACUCUGAAUGAUGGUCGAUCCCUUGUUGGUCAGAUGUUAGCAUAUGAUAAGCAUAUGAACUUUGUUCUUGCAGAGUGUGAGGAGUUUAGAACUGUAAAAGGGAAAAAGGCUAAAGGUGCACCUGAAGGAGAAGCUGCACCAAAUGUGCAACAAAAGAGAACACUUGGUCUUGUCAUACUUCGUGGAGAGACUAUAGUUUCGGUAUCAGUGGAAGGACCACCUCCCGUACAGAAAGAUGAUGGAGCACUGUUAGCUGGACCAGGAAAAGGUGUGCCUGCUGGAAGAGGAAUGCCAUUGGGUGCUGGUGCUCCCGGAGCCAUGGGUGCUCGACCUAUGGCGUACGCUCGCCCUCCUCCUGGAUUCCCUCCCGGUAUGCCCGGUCUUCCCCCAGGAAUGCCUCCUGGAUUCCCAGGUGGUGCUCCGGGUAUGCCUCCAGGAAUGCCUCCUACUGGUAUGCCCCCUGGAUUCCGACCUCCUGGGUUCCCUGGUGCGCCAGGUUUACCCUUCCCUCCUGGACAAAUGCCUCCUGGUUUCCGUCCGCCUCAAUGA